AUGGGCCGGCCGCUCCUCAGCAACAGGCACGUCAAGUUCUCGAGUGGACACGAUCCUUCCAGGACGCAGCUGCUCCCCUUGGUUGGUGACGUUUCGUUGGCCAAACUGCAGGCCAAGCUGAUCUUCAAUGCCGACGUUCUCCUGCUUCCCGACAUCCGCGCCAUCGAUGAAGACGAACUGUCCCUGGAUGCCAUGGACCGGUACUUGGCGGCGCUGAGCCAGCGCGUUCCGCUGCUGUUCAUCGGUUUGCCAGGGAACGUCGCUAUCGAGCUCUUCCUGCAACGUCAGGUCAGCACGCACUUUCGGACCAUCAUCGACAUCGAACCGAGCACCUCAUGCGUCAUCACGAGCACCCCGUCCGAGCCAUUGCUGAGCCUCGCUGCUGCGGAUCUCUUCCGGAAGCAACUAGGAGACCCUACGCACGGCGUAAGGCAUCGCUUGCGAGAUUCGAUCAGGAUCAUCCGGCAUUUCAGGUCGUUCUAUGGCUUCACAAUGGGCCUCGAUGACGAGGAGAUGGCUCGACUGCUUCUGACGAUGGCCACCGACAUUGCCUCUGUCAACGAGCUCAACCUUGCCGCCGAACGCAUUGCCCUCGACAGGAGCAAGGCCGUAGCGGAGGGCGUUGCCGGGAACAUGACGGAGGCAAGGCUCGAGCUCUGGCGCGAGGGCAUAACACUAGAGCCUCUGACGGUGUGGGCAUGGCUCGUCGCGUUGCUUGGCGAUCAGAUUGUCCGAGCCACGGCGUUUAGCAUGCCAGAGGGGUCGUCGAGCGCGGCGCGGAGCAAGGGAGCCAAGUCGGACUUUGAGAGGUUCGCCCGUUCGGCCACGAUCACGUUCACGCACUUUGCCCAGCUGCCCAACAACAUCCGCACCGUCAGCAAGCGGCAGCUGUCGGAAUGGUUCGCGGAGCACGUCGCCAUCUUCGGCGCCGCGGGCCAGGAGAGCUGGGAUCUGCUCAUCCCGGUCUACCUUGAUGAGGACUGGAACGGCCCCAGCACCAUUAUCGACAUCGCCAAGUUCUCCUUUGUCGUCAUUCAGGUGAAGAACAGGAGCACACUCGUGCCGUUGGGCCAGAUCGGGAUCGAUCCACCCAAGGUCGUCGCUGAGCCAUCCGACCGUUCAUCGCACGGCGCUGCUGGUGCCAAAGGAAAGGCGUCCGAGCCCCUCGAGUACCUCUCGAUCUUCAUGCAGCUCAAGGCGGUCCCGAGGCGAGGGCGCGAGGCUGUCUCGUACUCGUGCCACCACCGAGGCAAGACGCGUGCUCACGAGCUCCAGACCAUCGGCAUCGAAGACGCUUUCGGCGAAUUGCUGCGGCGACUGGGUGAUGAUGGUGCGAUCGACGAUGCGUACGUCCUUCUGGGCACAAAUCGCUCCCGCCUUGUCUUUGAAGAUACGCACCAUCGAGAGGAAGACUCCGACAUCGACCCGCGCGUCGCCUAUGGACGCGCACACAAGCGCCCAGAUGAGGCACCCGCUUGA